UCCAUCACCUCCUCCUCCAGCAGCCGACACACACGCGGCCCUGUCCUCGCUCCAGACCCGGGGACCUGGCGGGUCGGAGCUGGGGAGAUCCGCGCUGAAACGCAGCCGAGCCUGCCGGGUCGGACCCAGGGAACCGGCGGAUCGUUCAUCGGCGGCUGUCUCGGUGCGAGGCGGCGGUGAGGCGGGUUGGGGGGCUCGGUAAGCCUCAAGGACUUAGCGUCGGUGGAGAAGGUGUGGAGAUGAUUUCAGCCGUCGGCAGGGAUGCAGACGGCUGCGGAAACAACAACAACGGCAUCUCCGAGGGGACCGCGGCUCCUGCGUCACGCGCCAAAGGCAAGGAGGAGAGGAAGGGGAAGAACGUGAUCCGGGGCUGGAAGAGAGAGCGGGACCCCGCCGCUCCUGCAGCCCGGACCAGGAAGGAGAAACCCGGGGACGAUGGCCCUUCGUCUCCCUCCUCCGUCUUCCACCCCGAGCAUCGCCUCUGCCGCGACGGCACCGGACCCUGCUCCUGCACCGGGCCGGACCCCCGGAUCCCCGGAGACAACAACAUAACCGCCAACGGCGGCGCUGCCGGUAAAUCCGCACCGGACUCUGGGCUGAAAGGCGGCGGGGGAGCUAUUGUUGGGAGGCGGCAGCACGACGACACACCGACAGCCAAGAAACACCGAGGAAACGAGAAGUUGGACCCAAUGUUCACGGUUCCGGCCCCCCCGGCUCCAAGCCACCCUGGGGCCCCUGGAUCUUCCCUGCCCUUGGCCCCGUCCUUCUCCUCCCCGGCCCUGCCCACCUCAAACCCAAAGCAGCUAGCAAUCAGGACGCGGUCUGUCGGCACCAACACGCAGGAUGGAGGCGUGCCGGGGGCGUCGGAGAACGAUCCAGGCUGCUUGGGGCCCUGUCAGCCUGGGACCAGCGUCAACCUGGAGGGUAUCGUCUGGCACGAGACCGAGGAAGGUGUGCUAGUGGUGAACGUGACCUGGAGGAAGAGGACCUACGUGGGAACCCUGCUGGACUGCACCAAACAUGACUGGGCUCCGCCGAGGUUUUGUGAGUCACCUUGCAGUGAUCCCGAGUUACCUGGUGGCCGUGGGCGGGGGAAGCGGAUGCGAAUGGCCAUGGCUGAGCGGCCCUGCAUUGAACCGUCUUCAACAGCCAAAGUCAGGGGUUUCACCCAUCACCGGAGCCGUGGAGGUGGAGUGGCAGGAACUCCCACAUCCAUCCACAGCAAGGGGAGGAGAGGCAGCCUGAACCUAAACAGCAGCUGCAGAGCACCUCCUUCUUUCUUCACGGUAGAUGAGGUGAAAAGUGCCAGUAGCACCUCCUCGCUGUCCUCUGGGAAGAGGAAGAACAAACCGCCCGCCGACCUGGACCUCAGUCUCGUCUCCUCAGACGACAUUAAGAAUGGGAACGGGAAGAGGAUCCGAGCAAAGUCCAGAAGCGCUCCGUCAACACCACUAGGCAAGUCUGACCCCUCCUUCAUGGAUCCAGGAGGAGGUUGCGCCUCUUCUCCUCCCCCGCCCAUCCUCAUCGACUGCCCUCACCCAAACUGCACUAAACGCUACAAGCACAUCAACGGCCUGCGCUACCACCAGACGCACGCACACCUGGAGGCUGAGGAGCAAAGGAAACCUGAUCUGGGACCUGUGAAGGAUGGGGAGAGUGAAGACCGACUUUCAGACUGCGAGGACGCCAUCAACAACAUGACUUAUGAGCUCCCGGAAAACAGCACAAACGCCAACAGCUCCACUAAGAAAGCUGCUCCUCUCUAUAAGGUGACCACGGUGGGGUCACCGAAGAACAGACGAUUACUCCUCAGCACCGACCACAGCCCUUCGGCCAACUCCAAAACCAGAAGAACCUCACUCCUGAAAGAUGGUCUGAUUGAUGACCUCAGCAACUUACCCAUCAUCUCCAACAUGACUGUGGUUUUAGAGAACUGCAUGGUCCCAGACAGGAGCUCCUUUGUAGAGAUGCCCAAACUGGAAGCUGAAGGAUUGAUUGAAAAGAAGGGAGGGCCAUGUGAUAAGGGCAAGAAGGCCAACGGGAAGGUCGACAAGCUGUCCAAGUCCAGAACCAACCGGCCAAUCGCUCCAGCUCCCGCUCCACCAAAGCUCCUCGCCAUCCCCAACACAACGUACUCGACCUGCACGGCUGAUGCUGUCACCCCACAGCCUUCUCCCACGGCAUCAGGAGGCCUCACCAGUAAAAACCUUCCCCUGAAACCCAUCAAACCAAAGCUUAGCAUCAUUGUGGAACCGAGUCUCGUCAAAGCCACUAUGGUUACUUGCAAAGAGACCAGGAAAAAAGAAAAACGGAGGCUGAAAGACAAACAUAGCAAAGAUGCACCAAACAGGACACCCAAUGGUGACAGUAGUGGAAUCAAAAUGGAGGAUGGGGGUGCUGGACCUAAAAUCAGUGUCAAGGAAAUCUCUGGAAGCCUUCUGAAGGAGCAUCUUAGUAAGCAGGAUGUAACUAAUGGAUUCACAGAAAGCCAGGAGAGCAGGAUGGCCAGUAUACGUGCAGAGGCUGAUAAGGUCUACACUUUCACUGACAAUGCCCCUAGUCCAUCUAUCGGUGGUUCAUCCAGACUGGACUCUAGUGGCAGUUGUCUGGCCGCAGCAGACAGCAGCAGCAAGAACAACAGUCCCGCCUACUCGGACAUCUCAGAUGCCGGAGAAGAUGGUGGCUCGUCCGAAUGUCGCUCAGAUGGGGUCAGGUCUAAGUCGGGCUCUUCGUCUUCCUCUGAGGUGAGCUCCAACAGCAGCCAUGGUAACGUCGGUAAACCCCCCCCUACAGUUUCGACCCAGUCAUCAAAAGAGCCCCAGUCCCCAUACUACCACGGCUACGAUCCCUACUACCUGCAAGGCUACAUGCAGUCCGAGAGGCAGAACACCAGCGGCGUUGCUUUCUACAAAAGUUCCACUCAUGACUGCAAGGGGAAGGACAGGACAGAGGAACUGAAGGAGGAGGACAACUUCUCUGAUUCCAAGAAAGGUGACGGGCCGCCCCAGUCCCAGCUCCAGCUGGCUAUGAGUCAGACCCAGACGGCUUUGGCCCAGUCUCUGUACUACGGCCAGUACUCCAGAGGAAUGUACAUGGACCAGAAACUGUUAAUGGCCUCCAAAUGCUGCGACCAGACACAUAAGCAGAGAGGACAGGGGGUGAGAGACGGCGAGGUGGUUGGGGUUUCCCCCGGUGGACCCAUGCUAGGUAAAGGUCCAGAUGGUGCUAAAGGUUGCUGCUCCAAACCCGUGCUGUCCUAUGUGGAGAUGAGUGAAAGGGGAGAAAGGGGGCAGAGUCUGGGCGUAAAGGUGGUGCACAGUGGAAUGGCGGACCAGCACCAGGUCCCAAUGAAAGACUGUGAUGACAUCAAGUCACCCUCCUCCUCCUCCUCUUCAUCACUCCACAAUCCAGUCAGUCAGACAGAUCUGGACUCAAAUGUUUCCUUUUCCAGUCCCUCAGACGUCCCCGCCUGGGCCCACCGCCUGGCUCACAGCAAAUACUCAGAGCUACAGAGUCAACACGGGGAGAGUGUCGAGGAGGGGGAGGCAGACAGUGGGAAAGAGUGGGGAGCCACCACAGAGCCUGCUGGGGCCAAGAUGACCUCAGGCGUAGAUGCUAAAAAAGCCAGAGCUUACGGAAUCCAUGAUCCCCCACCCGCCAUCGACACAGAGGACUCAGACCAGCUGGAGGAUCAGCACCAGGAACCAAUGGAAGGGCUGUCGGAGGAAUCGCAAAGCGCCCGGGCGGCAGUGUCUCCUCCCAUGACCCCUCAGCAGCCGUACAUCCAGUACCAGCACUCCUCCUACCCCCCAUACCUAGCCAUGUGUGAGAGCGGCGGGGGCGCCUACAGAGGAGUGUCCCCGACCCUGGUCCACAACUACCCAGGUUUCCACUAUCCUCUGUACGGGAAGACGGCGGGACGGGAGGAGUCGGAGGCAUCUCCAGGCGGUAGAGGAGAGGCAGUGAGUGGGAAGCUGAUCGGCGAAUCGUCGUCCUCCAGUGUAGAGCUGCUGCAGCAGCCGAGCUAUCAGUUCCACGGGAAAUCCCCCGCUCCUGGUGAGAAAGGUUCCCCCGAAGGAGAACGAGAGCUCGAGCGAGAGAGGAACCACGUGUCGUUCGCCCGACACCUCCACACACACCACCACACACACCUGGGCGUGAGCUACAACCUGAUGUCCGGACAGUACGACAUCUACCAAGGUCUGAGCUCCAGGUCGCUGGUCUCCAGUCAGCAGGUGUCAAGACACCCGUCAGCAGACGGCGAAGGGAACAAGUAGGACCAUGUGACCACGUCUCACAUGAGGAAAUUAUCAGACAUCAGUUCCUUGGUGUUGAAUAAGCUUCGCCUCGCUGAGAGGCAGAGAACAAACAAACUCUUUCAUUUCUUACUAAUGAGCCACCAGUUUUAUAAGGGAGGAGCCGGUGGAGGGAGGAGUCAACCUGUAUAAAUCUUUGAGACGUCCUAGAGCGCCGUGCACUCAGCUUUACAGCCGCUGUGUGUCCGACUUUAUAAAACGCACAUUUAUUGUAGUGUACUAUGAAGAUAUGACUGAAUGUACUGAUGACACUGUUCCAGCUGUGUGGACCUUUUUUUUUAAAGCUCCUGUUGGGAGAAAAGCGGCAUCAGGAAGCCAAAAGUCCCUGACGCUUGUUCCCGCUCUGAUUAUUGAAGUGGUCCUCCUUCCUCCAUAGUGCUGACGCUACAUUUGUAUUCUAACCUGUACUUGAGCUUGUUGAUUGUAUCGUCUUUAUGUGAGCAAACCUUCACAUCGACCCGCUCAGUGCCAUUUAGGAGCCCAGUGGUGUAAAUAUUCUGUACAGAUUUAUGCUUUAUUAUGUCGAUCACCAUCAGCUGAGCAGAGGAGGCGCUGAGGGCCAAGCGGGGAGGUCCAGUAGAACCAAAACCACUUCCUACCCCUUUUUGCAUGUCUGACCAGCAGCAUGUUAUGGAAGCACUUUGUUUGGUAAACAGGAUGCUAAAUUUAUUAUUUAGCACAACUGAUAUAAAAGAACGAAGCAGAAGAACCCGACUGAUUCCAAACAUAAGAUGCGACCUUUUUACCGACCCAGAAACGAAGCGUUCCCGUCGACGUCGGCUGUAGAAAAGCCACGCCAAACCAUCCCGAUUAAAGGAGCUCCAGAUCUAAAAUACUCCCCUGCAUCAAAGCAGUGAUCACAGCUGAAAUCAAAAUGAAUGGCUGAACACAAGAAAACAGUAGUCCCAUUCAGGGGGCGGGGCUUUAACCUUAUACUGCAGCCAACCACAAGGAGGCUUCCACGUCUGCGUCAUGUUCCUGCGUCACCGAUUUACUGUGUGAUGACGUUAAUGUAACCGCUCGCACCCUUUGAGGUGGAAAAGCUUCAGAGUAACAUCAGACAUGAGUUUGGGGAAACAGACGUGGGGUAGUAACGGUUUAGUAUAGGUUAUGAAACCAUUAUUAACACUAAGGUGAUGACGUUAAACACUUUCAUAGUUUUCCUUUUUUAAGCAGAGCUCAUUGAUUUAAAGAGCAAGUCACCCCCAGAUCAACUUUUUUUUUUCUGAUAAACUAUAUAAAUGAGUGUCUAAUCGUGCUGUAGACACGUGUAGUCAAUAGAUUUGCACUUUAGUGCAUUUUAGUUAAAAUUUUAAUUUUCUGCCUAAAACUGUCAGUGUUGUGCCGUUGUCAGGUAAAAACUCUGCACUGCAUUUGAGUUUAAAUCUGCCAUCGCUAUUGGCUAAAGCCUGGUUUAUGCUUCUCCGUCAGCUCCGCAAGGGACAGACGCACGGAUUGACAGAAGCGUUUUGCUUUCAUACUUCUCCGUCUCCUGGGGAGUGUUGCAAAGCAAUUGCCCGGCAGGACAACAGAGGGCGUAGCGCUGUUCAAUUCAAUUCAAUUCAAAUUCAAAAAUACUUUAUUAAUCCCAGAGGGAAAUUGAUACCACAGAACUCAAUGGAAAUUGAGUUCUGUGGUAUCCUGUCAUGUAUCGGUCCAAGAUGGUGUGUUUAUAUUGUGUUUUUUGUGUAUAUAAGAGACUUUUAACACGGACAUGUUUGUCUCUCAUUCUCCCACUUCUUCAUGCGCUCCCCACCUCUAAACCCACGUUUCCUGUCAUUUCCGUCCACAAAUAAAACGCUUGCUGCGCAUUUUUUCACUCCUCCAGUCACGGGAGAAUGAAACGUUCAUGUUUUUAGAGUUUUUUCACGAGGUAUUCUUCAAGCUUCUCCGUGUCUGCCGCUAGUUAUCCUCGGCUCUCUUUGCAAUGGCGGUGCUGUAAACAACAGCGGCAUCCUGACCAAUCACAAGCUUGCGUAAUCCAUCUCGUUCGACGGAUGUUUAAAAAAGUGGGCUCGACUCCGUACAUACUUGCGUGCCUGCCGGAUCCCUACACAAGGACGGAUAAUGGCGUUGCGUAUCGCCGCACUGACGCAGACGGAGAAGCAUAAAUCAGGCUUAAGAGGUACCCUAGAAUGUUAGCUGGUACCAUAUGAUGUCACGAUGUCGUUGUGAGCCUGUGCGUUUGUGUAUUUGUUAGCGGCUCCGCCCUCUUGGUCUGCUAGGCAACAGCAUUUGUUGCAUUUUUCAAACAGGAAGUGGGAGUUGAGUACCGUAUUUUCUGGACUAUAAAGCCUGAUUCAUGCUUCUCCGUCUGCGUCAGUGCGGAGACACGCAGCGUCCUUGCGGGCCUGCCUGAGAGCUCCGCAAGGACGGAUGGAGUCAAGCUCUCUUUUCUAAACAUCCGUCAGUCGAGGCGGACAACGCAAGCUUGUGAUUGGUCAGGACGCCGCUGUCGUCUACACCGCCGCCAUUGUGCUCUCAAAAACAUAAAGAGAGCCGAGGAUAACUAGCAGCAGACACGGAGAAGCUUGAAGAAUACCUCGCGAAAAAACUAAAAACAUGAACAUUUAAUUCCCCCGUGACUGGAGGAGUGAAAAGAUGUGCAGCAAGCGUUUUAUUUGUGGACGGAAACGACAGGAAACGUGGGUUUAGAGGUGGCGAGCGCAUGAAGAGGUGGAGGAGAAUGAGAGACAAACUUGUCUGUGUUAAGUCUCUUAUAUACAAAAAAUAUAAACACACUAUCUUGGACCGGUACAUGACAGGAUACCACAGAACAGCGCUACGCCCUCUGGUGUCCUGCCGGGGAAUUGCUUUGCAACGCUCCCCAGGAGACGGAGAAGUAAAAGAGCAAAACGCUUCCGUCAAUCCGUGCGUGUCUGUCCCUUGCGGAGCUGACGGAGAAGCAUGAACCAGGCUUAAGAAGCUACUUUUUCCCACGCUUUGAACCAUGAGGCUUAUAAUGAGGUGCGGCUUUAGUCAACCAGAAAGGAUGGAUGCUGGAAAGUCUAAUGAAGGAAUGGUUAAAGGAGUGCUACAGAAAGCGCCCAGGAGGAUUUUUUUCACAGUAAAACGGCGCUGCUUGUUUUCCCAGCUUCACCCCGGGAUGAUGACAGCAACACGGAGAGCGACACCGACAUCGCCACAGAAAAGGUGUGUGACGAAGCUCUUCUGAGGCUGUUCAACUCCGACACUGAAGAAGAUGAUGACUUCAGUGGUUUCAGUGCGCAGGAGGACGAUGAAUCAACUAAUCAAUAACUUUUCUGUUUUGUUUGAUACUGAUCAGUUCAGCUACGUUCAGUUAAACUACGUUUUCUAUUCAGUAGAUAUCUGCGGCUUUUAGCCCGGUGCGGCUUAUAUUGAGGUGUGCUCUGUAGUCCGGAAAUUACGGUAAUACUCUGGUAGGGGGUGGCUUGCUCUUUAAUAAGAUAAAGGAACUAAAAUGUUCUCUGUCCAGUGGCUGACCAGCAGGUCAAAGAGUUAACUAGUCCUUUAGUGACUAGCGGUUAGCUUUUCUGUUCAGUCCCAGCUGAUCUCUGUUUCUUCAUACUGAGUUAGCUCACAUUAUUAAAACAUUCCUACAGGAAUCCACUCCCAAACAUCAGAAGUCUCACUAUGAAAACAAACUUCACACCAAUCCCAAACGCUCUCCCAAGUUUUAGAUCUAAUUCCUAAAUGUGAUGCUAAAUCAGAUUUUUGUUUCGUGACUUCUAAUUCAGCCCAAUAAACUUAUGUGACACUUAAUGUUUUUUAAGAAAUAAAUAAUCAGCAGUUUGGCCUAAUAUUUACUUCCAUCCUUUUACUCGCGUCUCUGACUCCAGAUCAGCUGUUUUCAGUGUUGAACCUUGGUAAAAUACAGAAACCACAGAGUUUCCUUUCUCCUCUGCUAAAUGAAGACUUGUAGACUUUUCUGACAGAAUCUGGUAACUCGGGUAAAUCAAGGACUUACACCCAAAACUAAGUAGCUUCGCUGUUAGAAUGAAAGCUGUUUCAAUGUUAAAUUUAUAAAAAACGUACCUGCUGUUUCACUAGUCAAACGUUUCUGAUUGGAUUAUGGUUUUUUUUAUACUUUUUUGAAACUGUGUGAUGAAAACUGGGUCUAAAGGGACGCUAAACGGAUGAUUUUAGGGUUUUAUCAGCGAUGAGUGGAUUCUGGUUUGUCUGGAGUCUCCGUUUCCUUCGCCCCCAUGCUUCCUGUAAGCUAACUAGCUCACAGCAGAGCCUCUGAUAAACACAGUCGGCUUUUACCUCUGGUGUUGCACCACUGCCAAACCUUACAACUGUGAAAUAUUUAUCCUAAAACUGGCACCAUAAUGAUCUGAGUAAAGGUUUAAUAGAUGUUUUCUGGGAAGUCGAAUAUUUGGAGCCAUUUUUACGUGUUUUUAUUCUAAGUUGUCCCCAACAGAAGCACCGUUGGACUGUUGUAAAUAAUCCUGUAACCAACCUUGAGUUCUGCAUGUUUGCACAUUUAUGGCUGCAGGACUUGUUGCUCCGAUUCAUCACACAGCGGUUAUAUGAUCACGUGGUUUCACUAAACCUUAUUUUCCAUGUCUACGAACACACCAGGGGCGUGUCCAGGGAGUGGCCUGGGGUAGCACAUGCCACCCUUGGAAUCUGAUUGGCCACCCCAGGUGCCACCACACUAAUUCACAUUUAAAUAGGCUUUUCAUUGUCCACAAAAGGCUUGGGGGUAAAACAAAAAAAGCAUAACCAUUGGUGCCACCCCUGCACAAAGUUGUGCCUCACCUGGGCCACCCCAUUUCUGGACACGCCACUGGAACACACAGCGGAGAAACGAGCCCAGUGAGGUGUAAUUCAUAGAGCAUAUAGUUCAGAAUCGUUUAGUUUUCCUUAACUUUAUCCCUACAAGCUGGUUCAGAGCUGUCCUGACCCGACCCGGCUACACAAACAUCCCGAAGCUGGACUGAACCUAUCCGCGGCUCUGCCUCACCUACGCAACACCGUACCUGCAUAGUGCCAGUGCUCAUUCUAUUACUUGAAUAUAGUGUUAUGAACUCUGUUUACACAGUUCUGUCUACUUCUGAGAGACACCGUGUUGUCUUAUAAAGGCUGCUUGGUUUGUUCAGCUCAUCCACCUGGUGAGUCCAGUAAAUAACACUCAGAAACCGCUCCAACAUAAAUCCCGCUGUUGCUUUUUUUAUACUGUAUAUGCCUUAAUUCCUAUGUUUGGCAAUCAUGAUUAAAGGAUGUUUAUAUAUA